GUACAGAUUCAGUUCAGACCCAGAUUAUUUAAAAUUUUUACAUCCUCUUAUGUUCCAAAUCUCCCGCACUUGCGCCAAAAAUCAUGCUGCAGUUAUUACACGUUGCGAAAUGCUUCCGUUUGCCGUACCGUAUAAUUCCAAAAGUUUCGAAUGUAAACUCUCGGUUCAAGUCUGACAAGUGCCAAAAGGACGGGGACAAGAACAAGAAUAAGGAAACUAAGGAAACCAAAUGCCAAGCCGCUAAGAAAGACGAGACUGCCAUUUCUGGUGGUGCCAAGUGCGGGAGUAAGAAAAAAGAAACUGGCCCAAAGUGUCCUCCGUGCUCGUGUCCAUCAAAAACAUCUUCAGGUCACCAUGCCAAUUUCUGGAAGAAGAUCACGUUCAUGGGCGUACUGCCAAUAGUUGCCAUACUCACAGUACUUGUAUUCACCUCGCAUCACGAGGGUGAGCGACCUGAAUUCAAGCCCUGGCCCCACUUGUACAGACGUACAAAGUCAUUUUACUUUGGUGACGGCAAUCGCACAAUGUUCCACAAUCCCCAUUGGAACCCCUUGCCGCCAGAAGGAUACGAGGAUGAGACGGAUUUAGAUGCAGAAGGAAAGCCUGCCGAAACGGCCCAGGAGCGGGACCAGCGACUUAAAGAAUUCGGCACUGUCCACAAGGAAUGGAAAAAGUUGGCGUCCAAACGUGAGGCUGAGGCCAAGAAGGCGGAAGCAGCAGCCGAAAAGGAGGCCAAGAGGUUGCAAGCCGAGGCCGAUAAAGAGGAAAAGAGGCAACGGGCUGAAGCUGAAAAGGAACGCAAGCGACAGGAAGCUGAAGAAAAGAAGCAACGGGCAGCUGAAGAAAAGGAGCGCAAGCGGCUGGAGGCAGAGGAGAAAAAGAGACAGAAGGAAGAAGCCAAGGCCCAAAAAGUGGAAUACGUCUUUGAAAAAGAACCUUACGACCUUCGUGAUGAAUAAACUCCAAAUUUUCCGUAUGAUUAAAUAUUAGAUGUUAAA